AUCAUUUAAACCCCUUUACAAUGAAACGAGUUAUAGCAGUUCCGCAUAUACAAAUUUCGCCUAAUUAAAGAUGACAAAUAUAUUCAACAUGAAUUUUCGUCCAUUUUUGUAUUGCAUUUUGUCCUUCAAGGUCUUUGAAAUCAGGCUUCUUCUUUGAACAACCCUUCACUGUUACCAGGCAGAUCGAGUCCCAACAUGGCGGCAAAGGGGAACGAAGAGGAGACGCAGUUGCAAGAGAUGGAGGAGGAGGCGGCGGCAACCGGGGUCGAAAGAGAAAUGGAAUCAGAUGAGGAAGAGGGAAUGGGAGUCGAGGAUUCUGAUGAAGAAGAAGAUGAUUCGUCUGAUGAUGAAAAAGAGAACGAAGCCGAAAUCCAACGUUUGGAAGAGCAGCUGUCCAUCAAUGCAUUUGACUACAACUGCCAUGUGGAUCUCAUCAAGUUACUGCGACAGGAAGGAGAGCUGCUUCGGCUGCGCAGGGCGAGACAGAAGAUGAGCGAACUCUUCCCACUCACGGAAGAGAUUUGGCUGGACUGGUUGAAAGACGAGAUUCGCAUGACUGAGGAGGAGCCCAACCGUGAGAAAGUGAACGAGCUCUUCGAGAAAGCCGUGAAAGAUUAUAUAUGCCCAGAAAUCUGGUUGGAGUAUGCCCAGUACUCCAUCGGGGGCAUGGGGGUGCCCGGGGGCAUCGAAAGGGUGCGGGCGAUCUUCGAGAGAGCCCUGACCGCUGUCGGCCUGCACAUGACCAAGGGGAUGGCCGUGUGGGAGGCGUACAGGGAGUUCGAGAACGCCAUCAUGAGCACCAUGCAGCCUCCUCCAGGAAGCAUCGCCACCCGCGAGCAGCAGGGGCUGCUGACCGCUCAGCUCGAGCGCAUCCACACACUGUUCCGCCGCCAGCUGGCUGUGCCCCUGAUGGAUAUGGACGCUACGUUCGCGGAGUACGAGGAGUGGUCGGAUAAGGAGAUCCCGGAGACCGUCUCCACGCAGUACAAGAAGGCCCUGCAGCACAUGGAGAAGAGCAAGCCGUUCGAGGAGGCCCUGCUGGUCGCCGAGCCCCCCAAGCUGGCCGAGUACCAGGCGUACAUCGACUACGAGCAGCAGGAGGGGGACCCGGCGCGGAUCCAGAUCAUCUUCGAGCGGGCGCUAGCCGAAAACUGCCUAGUGCCCGACAUGUGGGCGAAAUACACCAAGUAUCUGGACCGGCAGCUGAAGAUCCGGGACCUGGUUCUGUCCUCUCACGACCGUGCGGUGCGGAACUGCCCCUGGACGAUGGGCCUGUGGAAGAAUUACCUGCUGGCCCUGGAGAGGCACGGGGCGGAGCACCAGACCGUGUCAGAAAUCUUCGAGAAGGCUCUGAACGCCGGGUUCAUCCAGGCGACGGACUACGUGGACAUCUGGCAGGCGUACCUGGACUACCUGCGGAGACGUGUGGAUUUCAGCAAAGAGUCGAGCAGAGAGCUGGAGGAGCUGAGGGUCGCUUUCACGCGAGCGCUGGACUACAUGAAGCAGGACGUGGAGGAGAGGUUCAGUGAGAGCGGGGACCCCUCGUGCACGAUAAUGCAGGUCUGGGCCAGGGUGGAGGCGUCGCACUGCAAGAACAUGCAGAAGGCCCGGGAAUUGUGGGAUAGCAUCAUGAUGAAAGGGAACGCCAAAUACGCCAACAUGUGGCUGGAGUACUACAACCUGGAGAGGUCGUACGGCGACUCUCUCCACUGCAGGAAGGCUCUGCACCGCGCCGUGCAGUGCACCGCUGACUACCCCGAGCACGUGUGCGAGGUGCUGCUCACCUUCGAGAGGGUCGAGGGCUCUCUGGCGGACUGGGACACGGCAGUGCAGAAGACGGAGACCCGGCUGAUGCGGGUCAACGAGCAGCGGGCCAAAGUGGCGGAGAAGGAGGCGCUGCUGGCUCGGCAGGAGGAGGAGAAGGCGGAGCAGCGCCGCAGAGCCAAGGCCGACAAGAAGGCCCAGAAGAAGAGCCAGAAGAAGGCCGGGGAGAAGAGGAAGGCCGAGGAAGACGAGGACGAAGAGGACGAAUGGGGCGACGAUUCCGAACAGCCCCCCAAGAGGCACCGGGGGGAGGGGGACCCCGGCUUCGGCGGCCUGGGGUCCGAGGAGCUCAUGGAGACGGAGAGCGGUCUGUUCGGGCGCAAGGGUCCGCCGGGCCGGAAGGCGGACGGGGCGGGGCCCAAGAAGGGCCGUCUGGCGGCGGCGGCGGCGGGGGCGCGGAAGGCCGCGGACGCCGCAGCGGCGGCGGACCGGCGCAACGACGGCACCAGCGUCUUCGUCAGCAACCUGGCCUUCUCCAUGGAGGACCCCGAGGCCAGGCUGCGGGAGCUCUUCCGCGCCUGCGGGCCCGUCCAGCAGGUCCGGCCCGUCUACAGCGGCAAGGGCGCCUUCCGCGGCUACGGCUACGUGCAGUUCCAGGAGCUGGCCGCCGUCGACGAGGCCCUCAAGCUGGACCGGCAGGAGGUGGACAGCAGGCCCAUGUUCGUGUCCCCCUGCGUGGACAAAAACAAGAACCCCGACUUCAAGGUGUUCAAAUAUAGCACAUCCCUGGAGAAACACAAGAUCUUCAUCUCCGGGCUGCCGUACUCCUGCACCAAGGAGCAGCUGGAGGAGCUGUGCAAGGAGCACGGGACGAUCAAGGACAUCCGUCUGGUCACCAACCGCUCGGGGAAGCCCAAGGGCCUGGCCUACGUGGAGUUCCAGGACGAGGCCCAGGCCUCCCUGGCCGUGCUGAAGAUGGACGGGACGGUGCUGCAGGAGCACACGCUGACCGUCGCCAUCAGCAACCCGCCCCGCCGGAACCUGGCCGACAGGCCCGACUCCGCCCGGGCCCUGGGGUCCACCCUGCCGGGCCAGCUCUACGGGGCGAGGGGAAAGGGACGCACGCAACUUUCGCUCCUCCCUCGGUCCCUGCAUCGACAGGCCGGCAUGGAUUCCAAGGCGGAGAACGGAACCUUGCAGAACCAAUCGGGCGGCUCGGUGGGCUCGGUGGGCGGGGCUCCGGUCGCAGCCGGAGGGUCGGGAUUGGACGCGCAGUCCAAGCCCCUCUCCAACGCGGACUUUGCCAGGCUGCUUCUCAAGAAAUAGACUUUGCAGAGCGACAGGAAAUAACUGCCUUUUUUUACGGAAGCCAUUUUGUGUCCUUAAACAGGAGAGAAGGAGGGUGGCGGGGAGGGAGAACAUUGUAAUGUUGCUGUAAAUAUUUGGGGUGGGGGGAAAUGAGACCCUGUUGUCAAUUCUAUAAGAGAAAAAGCCUUAAUCAACCUUGGCUCCAUUUCUUGUUUUGGUUUUACGAGUGUGAGAAUUCGCCCUGUCUCUACUGAGCUGUGCGCCUGAGCAAAGUUUACCGAUUUUAAUAAAGCCCUCUUCAUUUUUUCUCUUUUCUUUUUUUGUUGUUGGGAGAAUGCAUUUUAUAAGUGACCCAUGACUUAUAUAUUUGUGUAUAUGUUUAAAAAAAAAAAGAAGCUCAAAGUAAGGUGUAUGUUUUUUUUUGUUUUUUUUUCUUGAUGGGGAAGAAGGUGUUUAGUGGAGCCUUUUUUGUUUUUUUUUUAUUUUACUGAUAUGUAAAAAUGCUACACCUGUGAAUCAUGUUUGCUAUUGUUUUAAAACGUAUAUGCAAGAGCUUGAGUUUUAUUAAAAUGAAAUGUUAUUGUAAAUACUAUAUACCGGGAUACGAAAAAGGUUGUGUAUCUUUCAUUGCAUUUAAGCGAAAUAAGGUUCAAAUUUUGUCAGCUAGUGUCGACACAUUGGAGUUGUGUGCAUCGGGUUGACAACACAAUAAUUAUUUGGAGCGCCUGCCUGUUCAAAGCAACCAUACACGUUUAUAAAAGACUAUUGUUACGCUUCGACGACGCUGUCCGAACUGCAGUUGUACAAAUAACUUAUUUACAGUGACAAUGUAACCCAAGUUCUUUCUUUGCCAAGAACUGUGCUUGCUCCUGUAGGUUUCACUUAGAGCCCCUCUGAGAACAUGUCCCGAGUUGAUGUUCGGAAAAGCAUGCGGCGAUAAAAGGUUGGCGAUCCUGUAUUGCUUUUCCCCGUAUUGCUGGUUUUGCUCAUCGUUGGCGCUGUUGACAGGUGCAGUUGUGUGUGUGUGUGUGUGUGUGUAUGUAUGUCUCUUUAUGGAAACCCAGUGUUCUGAUUUUUUUUAAAGACUGGUCUGGUGAUGACCAUCUCUCACAUUGAGGGUGUUUAAAAAAAGAAAAAGGAAAAAAAAAAACGGGAAUGGAAAAGGACCUUUGGCGUGUUCCCAGGGGACGAUUAAUACUGAGCGCGUUUGGCUAAUCGUCAAUCCCAAAAUGCCUCUCUUCUGUCUUUCUUCUGGCUGUUCCUUUUAAAAAAUCGUUCAGAACCAACAUGUCCCAAGUUAACCCUGCCUUACUCUUUGUUCCUCUGAAAUAGCCAUAAAUAGGAUGAGUGAUUAUAGCUGUGAAAAACACUGUGAAAUGGACACUUCUUGGAGGAGUUGAUGGGGGAGGUGGGGGGGUGGGGACACAAGGCAAGAGGCAUGUAUGUAUUGCUUUUGAUUUUAGAAACCUGGCAUUGUAAAAACUCACCCGGUCCUCCACCAUUAUCGGAAACCGAUCGUUUAAAAAAAACAAAAAAAAAUCUAUGCAGCUACAUAUAUCGUGAGGAGAACCUUCCAUGUUCUGUUCCGUUCCCCCCCCCCCCCCCAGAUUGUACAGAACCUAUAUUCACUAUAUAAUGAAGACAAAUGUAUCGUAUAAGCAAGAUUCAAAUUAUGCUCUUAAAAGGGUUAGUGUCAGGAUGUGUGCUCAGUAAAAACUGAACGAACUGAGAACGUCUGGAGGUGCGUUUUGCAUUUUUUGGGGUCUCUGUUCAACCGAUCUUUUUUUUUUCUUUUUUGCUUUGUGCAGAUAACUUCAUAGGAAAGUUAAUUGGAUGGGAAUAUAGAUUAAGUCUGUAUUUUAACCAAUCAGAGGUAUUUAUUUUCUUGAAUUGUCAGAAUUAGUUUACUUUGCACCACGAGUUUACCUAGGUAGUUCAAAGGGCAAGUCUUCUGUACUAGUUUCCACCAGUGAGCCUUUUUAGUUUUGUUUUGUUUUUGUUUUUGUUUUGAGAAAUUUGUCAGGUGUUCAGUGUUCACAUCCCCAGUGGUUGGCCAUAGUUUUGUACCGCAUUUGUAUGUUUUAAAAUGACAGAAUUUGCUAAAUCUAGUGACGUAUAUAUUAUAUAUAUCACCACAGUGGCCUAUUCUAGUGAAGAGACUACAGAUAAAAAAAUAAAAAAAAGUGGCUACCUGUAUGUCCAAUGUUCUGUAUAAAAAGGUGGUGUUCAAAUUGUAUAGAUUUUAAAUAGUUUCUUUUCCGAUGUUAAGAUGUGGGUUCAUCUACUAUCCGUUGAUGUCAAUGCUCUGAAGCUUACUGGAAUUUUUUUCUUUUCAUUUACCAAAACUUUUUCAGUGUGGCAACUUUUUUUGAUCAUAGAUCUCUUUUUUUUCCCCUGUGUAUUUUUUUCUGCUUGUUCAAAGUUUUCCUUUGGUUGUUGAUCUCAAAUUGUAUAAAAAUUGUCAUCCUCUUGUGAUUAUUUUUGUUUCUGGCCUAAAAUGCCUAAUUAAAAGCAGUUAAAUAUG